AUGGCCAUCCCAACGGAAACAGCAGCGACAAGCUCAACUUCUGCUCCUUCAUCACUCCAUGGUAAGGUAGCUGUGGUCACUGGCGGUUCUCGAGGGAUCGGUGCUGGCAUCGCGCUUCAAUUUGCCCGCAAAGGCAUCGCCGCCAUAGCAAUCACAUACGCCACCAACCUCAAAGCGGCCGAGGAGACCUUGUCCAAAUGCCGCUCCAUUUCCCCGACUUUGAAAACAGUCGCCAUCCAAGCCGAUGUUCUUGAUCCGUCCAUUGGUCCGAAUCUUAUUCCAAAGGUGCUCAAAGGGCUAGAAACAGACAGGAUCGACAUCGUCGUCAACAACGCCGCCCUUGUCAAUGAUCUGAGUCUGCUCCAGCCUUUCGGGAACACAACCGUCGACGCUUUUGGAAAGACAAUGCAGGGCAAUGUUUUUGCGCCCAUCAGCAUUAUCAACUCGGCAUUGCCUCACUUUCCGCCAAAAGGGGGUAGAGUGAUAAACAUCUCGAGCGUUGCAAGCAAGCUCGCCAAUGCUGAUCCAAUCUUGACGUACGGGGCAUCCAAAGCCGCGCUGGACAGCAUCACACGAUCCCUGGCCAAUGUCUUGGGCAUCUCGACUGGGGCAACAUUCAACAGUGUAUCCGUGGGAGCAACUACCACGGAUACAGUGCAGGCGGCGAUCCAACAAUUUGGGGAAACGUUUGUUGAGGACACGACCAAGCUAAUGACGGCCGAAAAGAGAUUUGGGGAGCCCGACGAUAUCGCCUUCGUGGUUGGAUUUCUAGCAAGUGAAGAAGCAAGAUGGAUCAACGGAGCCCACAUCAUGGCAAAUGGGGGAUAUAAGGAACUGUUGGCUCUGCAGGGAUAG